UCAAGAUGCGUAGUGUUCUCCUGAGCUUGGGCGCUCUCGCCCUCGUUGGUACUACCAGUGCAGACUACCCUUCUUACCCUACUUACCCGGAGAGCUCCAGCUCCUAUGAGGCUGUUCCCCCUCCGAGUUCGUACGUUGUGAGCUCCUCGAGCGCCACUGAGUCGAUCCCGUCCUACCCGACGUACCCCGCCAGCAGCCCGUCCUCUUCAAGCAUCGGCUCUACUUCCAGCACCGAGGCUGUCAGCAGUUCGACUUCAGAAUACUCUUACCCUGCUAGCUCUCCUUCCAGCUAUGUGAUUUCUAGCAGCACCAGCUCAUACCCUUCGUACCCCACGUACCCAGUGAGCUCGUAUGUUGUAAGCAGCAGCUCCACUUCAUCUACCGUCAGCUCUAUCUCUUCAUCCUCAGCUACGACGAGCUCUACUUCCUCUUACUCGGCGAGCACUUCUUCCUACUCCGCCAGCACUUCCUCAGCCAGUACCUCUUCCUACUCGGCUAGUACCUCGUCAACUUCGGAGUCCAGCACGAGCUCUUACCCGACGUACCCCGUAAGCUCUACUUCCGUCAGCUCUACCUCGGAGUCUUCGGCCACCACUUCGUCGACCUAUGUGACCAGCAGCAGCACUUACUCGACAUACUCGUACCCGAUCAGCUCUACUACCAGCACUGAGGCUACCACCAGCUCUACUCCAGUCUCUUCAUACUCGGUAUCUUCCUACUCGGUAUCUUCCUACUCGGUAUCUUCGGUAUCUUCAUCGUCGCCGGUGUCUUCAUCUUACCCAGUAACUUCAUACCCUGUAUCCUCAUACUCGGCAUCUUCAGUUUCUUCGGUAUCGUCGUCGUCCCCGUUAUCAUCUUACCCCGUAUCUUCAUACUCGGUAUCUACUGUGUCUUCAGUGUCGUCUUCAUCCCCAGUGUCCUCGUCUUACCCGACAUCUUCAUACCCUGCAUCGUCAUACCCAGUAUCUUCGUACUCGGCAUCUUCAGAGACUGUCAGCAGCACUUCCUCGUCUUCUGAGGUUUCUAGCACGUCGAGCUACAGCGCUACUACCAGCAGCACUAGCGUCCCUGGUUACCCUACCAGCACUCCCUCUUACAUCACGUCUAGCUCUGCUACCCAGUACACCACCUCUACCAUCUGGACGACCACUGAGAUCACUGUUACUUCUUGUGCUCCCACCAUCACCAACUGCCCUGGUACUUCGUAUGUCACAACGGUAACUGUUCCUGCCACUACCACUGUCUGCCCUGUAACGGAGUCUUCCACCGCCUCGACUAGCGCUACCUACUCGACUUCUGUCCCCAUUGGUAGCUACUCCGUCUCCAGCUACGUUCCCAGCAGCAUCAGCUCCAGCGAGGCAACUUCUUCCGCUACUGUCUCUUACCCGGCCUCGUACCCUGUGUCAACCCCCACUGGAUACCCUACUUCCAGCGAAUCUACUGAGUAUCCGACUUCGCUCCCCUCGACUGGAUACCCCACUUCCACUGGAUUCCCUGCGUCCACCCCCAGCUACACCACCUCGACCAUCUACUCUACUAGCGUGUACACUGUCACCUCUGGAUCGUCAUACAUCACCACCGAGACCGUCUCUAUCAGCACUACAGUGUGCGAGGUGACUCCCACUGAGACCCCGUCUGGCUACCCUACUGGCCCCGCUCAACCCGGCAGCCCGUCAUCUUACCCUGCUGGUCCCAGCUACCCGGGUGCUCCCUCUGAGACCCCGUACCCCACUGGCCCUGCUGGUCCCGGUGCUCCUGGCGCCCCUGGUGCCCCUAGCUACCCCAGCACCGUUGUCACCUACCCCCAGAGCAGCUUGACAACCUCCGUCAUCCCGCCUCCUUACCCCACUUCCAGCGCCAGCCCUAGCACCUACCCUGGUGUUCCUCCCGUUGGAUCUGGCACCGGUGUUGUCCCCUACCCCUCCGCCACUACCAGCGGCUACCCCACCAUCCCCACGGCCGCCGCUGGCCGUCUGGAGCGUGGCCUUGAGGUCAUGGCUGCCGCCGUCGUUGCUGUUAUCCUUUUGUAAACAGUUCCGACAAUAGCAUGACGAAGCCACGUGGUUAUAAGGUGAUAUAGAAGGAGAAAUACAUAGGGUUGGGGAAGAUUGGUUUGGUAGCAAUUGGAUUGGUUAUAGAUUUGGGUUUUAAAAGGUUUUAACGACUUGAAAUUUUUUGGCAUUUUUUUUUAUUACAAAGUACAUAUCAUUUUUUAAUAUUCGAAAUUAUUACUUUUUUAACAUCCACAGAAAACAGAAAAUAAUAUAUUCGCCCAUUUAUUUGGUGUGAAA